AUGGAGACGGAGAUGAUAUGUUAUGGUACGGAGAACAAUAAUGACAACGGAUUUCAAGUGCCACCUUACGUUGUUUUGAAGAAGACUCAGAUUAAGAAACUAAUAGUUACGCUUCCUUCGAGCUUUACGCAUUACGGUUACGGUUGUUUAGCAAGAGAAGCCACACUCAGUAAACGUUCUCCUCAUGCCACAACGCAACCACUCCCGUUUAUCUACUCAUCAUUCAAUCAUAACGGUGCUAAGAGACGCAAGAAAGCUCCACUAUUAAUCUCUAACGGAGAGCUCAACAAACCGCAAGAUACUACAGAUUCUGAUGCUUCUUCAGUUAAUGAAUCACUCAGUGAAAUCGAUGAAGGAUUGGAUUUAGAGGAAUUGACUAACAACUUCAAGCAGUAUGAGCUAUGGGGUGGUCCACAAGAAAACAACAACCUAGACGAUGUUAAUACUAUUGAUGGAUCUUCUUACGUGAUCUCACGAAGUCCGUUUGAUCCUAUCGGGAGACCAUGCAAUCCGUUUGGCCCUAUUGAACGACCCUUGCCGCAUCUUCCCUCUAGUUGUGAACUGGCAGAUUUGGGAUUUGUAUAA